AUGUCUAUGGCGCUCUUCACCGAUGAGCUCCUUUUUGCGUUUAUGGUGCCCUUGCUUCCGUACGUCUUCGAGCAGCGCAUUGAGAUUAGCGUAUCUCGUGUUCAGACAUACACAUCAAUGUUCCUGGCAGAAGGCGCUUUCGUCUCCCUCGUAACCAGCCCUCUGGUUGGGAAUAUGGCGGACCGGACAGAGUCCAAGAAAGUUUUGCUGCUUGGGUUGCUGGUGUUGACGCUUGUCAGUGUCUCGGGCCUUGCGCUCACGAAGUCGCUGGUCGGGCUUUUUGUUGGCCGAUUCUUCCAGAGCUUUACCAGUAACGCCCUUUGGAUUGUGGGCGUGGCGACCAUGGCCGAGAGUAUCGGAAGUGAGCAUAUGGGCAAGAUUGCAGGGCUAAGCUCAACUCUAACUGCUGCGGGAACAUGUGCGGGUCCAGUGCUUGCUGGGUUUCUCUUCGGACUUGGUGGGUACUGGGUUGCAUGGGCGGGGGCAGUUUUCUUCCUGGUCGUGGAUAUCAUUAUGCGACUUGUGUUGAUCGACAACCCCAAAGCACCACAAGAGACUCAACGAACACAUGAUGAACCCGGAGGCACUGAGGAGUCUUGUUUGCUAGAUGAACUGCCUACCCUAGUCGAAGAAGAGAACGGAUGGCAUUUCUAUGUCUGUCUAUUUCGCCAACCUCAGUUUGCGACAGGCAUCAUCUGCUACUCCGUAUUCGCCCUAUAUAUCGCCAGCUUUCAAGCUACCAUUCCUGUGCAUUCAUGGGAGACCUUUGGAUGGGGUGUUUUCCCGGCUGGUCUCUUACUUGCCUCCAUUCAAGGGCCGGGAAUGAUGCUAGCGCCCCUAGUUGGGUACUGGAAGGACCGCUGGGGAUCGCGGAUGCCCACAACGAUUGGGUUCUUCUCCAUAGCACCGUUUCUUUUGCUCUCGGGGGCUGCGGGUGACGAACGCUUUCCAUGGCUUACUGGUGGAAUUAUAGGCAAGGCGUUCUAUGUUACCUCUGUGGCCACAGCUGGGUGCUUGAUGUGUUUACUAAGUGGGGUAGGGACAAUGGAAGCGACCGAAGACAGUCACCCGGGCAUCUUUGGGAUGUAUGGAGGUUACUCUCGGGCUGUCGCAAUUACUAGCAUGAGUUGGACUGCGGGCCUGUUGAUUGGACCCCUAUUGGCAGGAUUUGUGGUGCAGAGGUUUGGUUACUUCGAGCUACAGUGUGUACUAGCGACCAUAUCUAUCUCGAGUGGCAUAAUUGCUGCCAUUUACCUCAGCCCCAGCCCUAUGGUGAAGUCACCUGAUGAAAACGAGGAAGGAAACAGAUGA